GGAUAUCCUCCCGGUCGCAAGGAAAAACCGAUGAACGCCGUUAGUCGCAGCUCAAAGAAGCGGUGUGGAAACGAAAAGGUCAAUGCAAAUGAAAAGGACUUGACCCACAGGAAGCAAAACCACAACAGGGCAAAUCAUCAGAAGCUUUUUAGCAGAACCACCAGUAAUACGAUCUCCGACGAGCUCUGCUUUGGAGAGUAUCUGGACUCCACCACCACCAGCUAUCAGACAGAUAAAGGGGGAAAGCUAGAGGAGCCAUUACCGGCCAUUGCCAUGGUGCUGGGCGACUUCCUGGCACCUACUCUCUCAAGGGCCAUGUUGGAAUAUUGGAAACCGUAG